GAGAGAUGGACAAGAGCAGAUCACACUUGUAGAGCAGGCUAAACCACAGGAAACAGAGUAAUUAAGGUUUAGCUUGCAUUUUUAAAACUUAUCUCAUGUACCACAGAUUUGUUUAAUGUUGGCGAUUUAAAAUCAGGUACAACAUUACAAGAUCAGCAGUUUGGUCCAGUUCUGGAAAAAAAUUACGGGCAUUCAUAAUAACUGUGGGAGUGAUUCUGACCAUGAAUCAUUCAAUGGCGUAUAACAACAUUUCUGCAAAUGAAACCAAAGAAGAAUGUGAUCUGUAUGCUCACCGCAAUAUAGCCAGAAUCCUUCUACCUUUGGUCUACUCCAUGAUAUGCAUUGUCGGCAUCUUUGGAAAUAUCCUAGCCAUAAUGGCCAUAAAAAGAAAACAGAAAAAAGUUAAUUCAACUACACUUUAUUCCAUGAAUCUGGUGAUCUCAGACAUCCUCUUUGCAGCUGUUUUACCUGCACGGAUAGUGUACUAUGCACGUGGAUUUAACUGGCAGAUGGGUGAAAUACUUUGUAGAAUAACCGCACUCAUUUGUUACAGCAACGUAUAUGCUAGUGUAAGCUUCAUGACCUGUCUAAGCUUGGAUCGGUUCAUUGCUGUUCUAUAUCCAUUCCGCUAUUCAAAGUUCAGAAAUAUCCACAUUGUCAAAAAGAUCUGCAUAGGCAUCUGGUUCAUUAUACUCUGCCAGACAGUGCCACUGCUAAUAAUACCAAUGUCUAAAGAAGUUCAAGGCAAUUUCGUAACAUGCAUGGAAUAUCCAAACUUUGAAGGUUUGCCAAAUCUUCCAGAAAUGCUUCUUGGUGCUUGUGUUGUGGGUUACAUUCUACCUAUGUUCUUUAUGAUGUUUAGUUAUUCUAAAGUCAGUUCAAAACUUGUCAGAACAGCAAAACAGAACCCUUUAACUGAAAAAUCCGGGCGAAAUAAAAAGGCCAACAACGUUAUCCUACUUGUCCUUUUUGUGUUUUUCAUAUGUUUCACCCCAUACCACGUGGCCAUUAUGCAGCACAUGAUCAAAAAGUUGCUAUACACACCAACCUGCCAGGAGCAACAGCAUUUUCAAAUGGCUCUCCAUCUGACUGUUUCCAUAAUGAACCUCAACUGCUGCCUGGACCCUUUCAUAUACUUCUUUGCCUGCAAGGGCUACAGAAACAUUGUCUUCAAGAUGAUCAAGCGGCCAGUUAGUGUGUCCAUUUCAAGUGGAGUUAAGUCUGCAGUAGACAACUGCUCACCUAGCACGGGGAAUCACUUUCACACAGGAGGGACAGCUUCUGAUGCCAAUUUGUAGACAAUCUGCCUGAAACUGCUGGAAAAGUCUAAAUAAAACAACCACUGUAAUUACACUGAUAACCAGAUCAAGACCUCAGGAUAUGUAUGACCUGAUUACCACUUCCAGGAAAACACAUUCACUCACACCACCACCCACGUACCCUAGCUGCAAUGUGUAUUAUCCAUACGGUGAACUGCAACAACUCAUCAAGGUCCUUUCAACAGCAUUUUCUCAAUCUUGCAAUCGCUGCCACUUCAUCGAAAGAUGAACAACAGGAGGAGGCACAUAAGAAAAGCAGUAGUUUGAAGUAUUAUUUGGAAAUGUGUCUGCUGAAUCUGCAAUAUCAUUGGAACUUGCUGCCCAGCAGCACCUCACUGGGUGGACUGCAGUGGUACAAGACCGUUCAACAACAAGCAGUACUGCACAACAGACAUUGACUUUGAUUUUAAUAAUAAUGAUAGAUGAACAAAGAUAAAUGAGGUGGUUCUGUAUAUAUACUGUUUAUAAAUGCAUUUUAAUCAUUUUAAUUUAUACUUGUAGAUUUCCUCCUUCCUUGAAAUUUUGUUGCAUAAAAUAACCUAAAGAAGGAACGUCAAUCAUUUUCCAUUUGUCUGCUCGAUGAGGCGGAGCUCUCUGGUAAUUCAGAGCUCAUAAUAGUGCAGGUUCUAUUCAUUUUCACUGGAAUUACAUGGGAACUUUUGCUCUAAUGUACUUUUUCAUUCAAUAUAGUAUAGCAGCCCCAAUAAACUUGCCCACCUAAAUGAACCCCAGGAAGAUACUGCUGGAACUUUCAUCCUUUAUUGUGAAACUUCACUAUUCCCAUGUACCUUUGGUGUUAUCUUUAGACUGCAGUAAACCUGUAUUUGAAUUUGCGAAGAGCCCCACUUCCCCAUCGUCUCUGGGAUUUAAGGAUUAACACCGGCCUUCUAGUAUUGAUCCUUAAUCUUAUCAGCUUUAUUUUUGCAUAGUUAUUCCUCUGUUCUAGCCCUUCAAUGAUCUUGGCUUUUCUUACCUUAGUAAGAAACUCAAAGACGUUCCCUCAAUACUAUUCUUCAAGAUCUCUGUGCCCUUUCAAUUUUGGCCCCUUCUGCUCUGUAACAGAAAACCUUCUUUUCAGUGCCCAAAGCUUAAAGCUCUGAAGUUCUGUCCAAAACUCCACUUAAUUUUCUAUAUUACUCUCCUUCUAAGACACUCCUUUAAAGCCACCUCUUUGACAAACUUUUAGUCAUCUUCCUCAUUGUCUCCAUAUGUGGCUUCAGCACAGAUUUAUGAUGUGCCCUAGCGCAUGACGUUAUAAUAAAGAUAUUAUUUAAAUACAAACUGCUGGAUAAUAUGAGCUUCAAGUAACUCUUUUUAAAUGCAUUUGCUUCAGCCUUGUGCAGAUUAGACUAAGUUCCUGAAUGGCAUUGCUAACCUGUAAUUUUCUACUGCAACUUUGUGCAAUGUUAAUAACAUUUGUUCAACACCAGGUCCACAACAGUCUUAAGAUAAUUACUGAAAAAAUAGAAAUAAAGAUGUCAAUUUCUGUGGUGCCAUUCUACAAUCUUUGCAUGUCCAAAAGCAUUCGACAGAUACUUAUAAAGUGUAGUCACUAUUGCAACAUAAGAAACUUUCAGGCAGCAGGCUCCCAUAAAUGGUAAUUUCGUAUUAACCAAGUAGUCUACCUAUAUCUUGGAGAUGUAAUAAAGAAUUCUCUAUCUCAGUUUUUUUAUUGAUAGUACCUAGCACUUCUCUUCCCUAUCAUUACUGCAUUCCUACAAGAUUUAAGGGAUUUCUAUUUGCUAUACCAAGAGGAAGGAGAAACAGCUUAAACAUAAAGCUCACGCAGUGGGAAGAGGAACGUGAAAGAUCCCAUUACAUUACUUUGAGGAGUAGUGCUCUCUCAGAUGUCAGUCAAUAUAACUUUCAACCAAUUAUCACUAACUUACAGAAUUCUGAGGGGGUUGACAGACUAUUAAGGUUGUUCCCCACACAAUGAAGUUUCAGAAUUAUGGACUGCACUUUUCAGGUGAAAAUGAGGAGAAAUUUCUUCCUCAAGAGGAACUGUAUCACAGGAAUUAUUUACCCUAGAGUGCUGUGGAUGUCACUGAAUUUAUUCAGGAGCCAAAAUCGUGAUUUUGGCUUAAGUAGAAACUAUACCAAGAUUAAAAGAGCAAAACACUUACUUACAAAAUACUUUAAAAAAGCAAAGCACUGCUCCUGUUAUAUCUCGGAUUCCUAAAGAGGGUUUCAGUUCAUGGUUGUUUGCUGAACUUGCUGUGAGCAAAUUGGUUAUUUCUUCUCUACACUGUACUAGUUCUGACAUUAUUACAGUUCAAAAACAAUGCAAAAUAUUGCAGAUAUUGCAAUUUGAAAUAGUUCAAAGGAACUUCAUUGGUUUUCCUGAAGUGUCACAAGCUCAACGUGAAAGCAAGUUCCUUGAUCAAAGUCAAAGACUGAUAUGUGUUAUCUUUCAGAAACUCAUUGUGUAAACAAUUCGCAAGUCUAAUGUAAUAGAAAGCUGAAAUCAGCUAGUGCAAUACAUAUUUUGUAAGAAAGUUUGACAUUUCCUAAGACUGCAUUUUAUCCUUGUUGAUUUCGCAAUAUUUUGUUGCAUAACAGUGUGCUUCAUAAAAUGGUUAACUUUAAAAAUAUAAAAAAGUGCAAGAUUUUUAAGAACCAAAACAAAAUUUAAGAUUUCUCUUUCUGAAGACAAUAAUUCUAUUGUUAGAUCAGCACUCCUGUCAGCAAUGGAGAAAUUCCCAUGAACAGUAAAAGUGCUUAAAUAUUAUAAUACUGUAGAAUUUGCAAAUCAACUUAUGAUACUGCAAUCGACAAGGGUUCAAAGGAACUUCAUUGGUUUCCUGGUGUCGCAAUGCUCUAAAGGAAAACAAAUUCCUUGAUCAAAGUCAAAGAUUGAUGUGUGCCAUCUCUCAGAAACUAGGGACCAUUUUUCAGAGCAUUUCCAUUCAGUCCACAGGGGUGACACUGAGGUUCCAGUUUCCUGUCAUUUCGAUAUCUGUUCCUAUUCCCAUCCUGAUCCACCAGUCUGCAGCCCAAUGGAAAACUGGAGACCAACAUUUCACCUUAGAUCUCGGCAUGUGUAGCAUUUGGAACUCAAUGAUCAAAUUCAACAAUAUGGGAUAAUUUGCUUUUCUGUUUGUAUCAGAACUUAUCAAUCUGUAGCAGUUACAUGGUUCUUAUCUCUCCACAGAUGCUCCCUGAUCUGCUAGCCAUCUGGAGUAUUAGUUAUUUGGAACCACAUUAAACAGCAUUAACAUGCCCCUGUCUUUGGCUGGAUUUUCUAUGACUCUCAUAAUUAUAUAUGCUUCUAUUAGGUAACUCUUCCAUCUCAUUCACCUGAGGAAAAACAAGCCUAUCUGAUCUAAUAUCACCCUAUAAUUCAAGUCCCUAAUCUAGGUACAAUCUUGGUGAAUCACCUUUGUAUUCUCUCACCAGUGCAAUUACAACCUUCCUGUAGCAUGGGAUCUAGAACUACACACAAGACCCCAGUGUAGCCAAAUCAGCACUUCGUAAAGUUGCAAGUUGUAAGUCAUGUCUCAUCUCUUACACUCUAUGCCUCCACAUCUGAUGGCAAGUAUUUAAUACGUCUUCUUCACCACUCUUUUAACCUCCCAGUGCUACUACUUCAGGGGGAACCAUAGUCUUGAAUCACUAGGUCUCUGGUCAUUAACAUUAUCUUAUACCAGGGUUAAAUUCCAUCUGCCAAUUCUCCGCCCAACUUUCCAACUGAUCAAUGUCCUGCUGUAGAGAGUCAAUCUUCCUUGCCAUCCAUAAUAUCAAUUUUUGUAUCAUAUGCAAACUCACUAAUCACACCUCCUACAUUCACAUCUAACACAUUAAGAUAUCACAAACAGAAAAGGUCCUAGAACUGAUCCACGCUAUACACCACUAGUCACAGACUUCCAAUCAGGAAACCAUUCUUUCACCACAACACUUUGCCUCCUAUCAUCAAGCUAAUUUUGAGUCUAAUUAGCCAGCUCGCAUUGGACUUCAAAACCUUCUGGACCAGCCUACCAUGCAGAACCGUACAAAAGUCCACUCAGGCAACGUAUAUCAGCAUCAGCAUUAGCUUCAAUGUCCCCCUUUGGGUGCUUUCCUUAAAAAAAAACCUUAAUCAAAUUAUUGAGAAAGGAUUGCCCCUGCACAAAACUAAGCUGACUGUUCCUAAUCAGUCAUUGACUUUUCAAAUGUACAUAAAUCCAGUUCAUAAGAAUUUUCUUUCAUAAUUUCCCUACCACUGACAUAAGGCACAUCUGCCUAUAGUUACUCAGCUCAUAGGUGGGGUAAACAUAAACAGGCUUUUUUCCAUUGUGGUUGGGUGAGACUUCAAGAGGUCAUGGGUUAAGGGGGAAAGGUGAAAAGUUUAAGAGGAACAUGAGAGGAAACUUCUUCACUCAGAGGGUCAUGAGAGUGUGGAAUGAGCUGCCAAUGCAAGUGGUGCAUGCUACCUCAAUUUCAAAGUUUAAGAGAAGAUUGUAUAGGUACUUGGAUGGUAGGGAUAUGGAGGGCUAAGGUCCCGGUGCAGGUCAUUAGGAGCUGGCAGUUUAAAUGGCUCAGCACUGACUAGAUGGGCCAAAGGGGAUGUUUCUGUGCUGUAUUUUUCUAUGACUCUAUCCCUACUGUCCUGUUUAAAUGAAAGCACAUUAGCUAUUCUCUAGUACCUUGCCUAUGGCUAACAAAGAUGAAAGAAAUCUCCAUUAGUGCCCCUACAACCAUGUAUCCCGUUUCCCAUAGCAUCCCAGAAUAGAUCUCAUCUAUCUCUAGGGAUUUACCCACUUUUACAUGUUCCUAAACACAACUGUCUGACUUUGCACCAUUACAUCAAUAUAGUCUUCUAACAUAA